AUGUUUCGUUUCAGUAGACGACCACUUGACAAGGUCCCUUUUGCAACACUCUUUGGGUAUAACACUAUUCUUCAAAAUGUAUUUUCGGCACCUGUUCAGAAAGAGGCAAUUGUGGUAGAGCUUCCAGGGAAAAAAGUCGAGAGUUACACAUAUGGAAGACUUCAAAAGGAUGUACUUUCAAUGGCAAACGUUUUUACACAGAGAAGAGAAACUGUAAUGCAUGCACAUGAAAUGCCAUCACUUAGCUGGUUACAGACACCUCGACCAGAUGAUGUACAUAGUGUCUUUUCUGAUAAUGAUGGUGAUGAUGGGAUAUCAAGUUUUGAAUUCAGAAAAGAUGAUGGAAGAUAUAAUGUGGCUAUACUAGGUGAAACUGGUUAUUCAUUUGUUGUCUCACUUCUAGCAGCAUGGUCUCUUAAUCAAAUGGCUGUUCCUUUGUCAGUGGCACAGAAAUACACAACAGAAUUAUCUUAUAUUCUUGAGCAUAGCAAAAGCAGAACCGUAAUGGGUGAUAUGAUAUUAUUAAAAGCAAAAUUUCCUACAGAAUACGAUAUGCUUAUGGUUGGAAAUUUAACUAGCCUAAGAGAAUUACGAGCCGCAUCACCUAAUACUUAUAAUGUGGAAACUAUGUUUGAUGUUAAAACAAUUCUUGGUCAAAUUCAACAACGACGUGAAAGGGCUGGAUCCGAAACAGAAAUGCUACACCCAGAGCAUCUCCUAUCAGAGGAAGAAAGACAACAUAUGAAUGAUGCUCAUGAUAUAUUAGAUCGAUUGGCUAAAGAAAAAGGCGCAUCUGAAGAACUUCGUGAGGCUUUAAGGCAAGAAAUGAUACGUGAACACUUUAAAGCCCAUUGUGUUGUUACAGAUGCUGGUGAUGGAUCCGGUUUAUAUUAUGAUACGGAUCAUUUGGAUUCACUUAAUCCUGUUCAUCGUCGAUGGGUGGAAGAUUAUACCUCGCGUCCAAGCAAACAUGAUGAUUGUGUAAUGAUUUAUACCUCAGGAACCACUGCAAAUCCAAAAGGUGCAGUACAUACACAUGCUAGUGUUAGUAAUAUGGUAAAUGUAUUACAGUCUGCUUGGGAAUGGUCAGAAAAUGAUACGAUUCUUCACAUGUUACCAAUGUAUCAUAUUCAUGGCCUUGUGAAUAUUCUUUUAUGCUCAUUAGCAUCAAAUGCUCGUUGUAUCUUAACAAAAGCAGAUGAUUUAACUCGUAUAGCCCGUCGUUUAGAACGAGGAGAUAUUUCACUUGUUAUGGGUGUACCUACUAUCUAUACAAAAAUGAUUGCUGCCAUUCGAAAAGAAAUGUCUCCUAUUGAACAAGAAGGAUUUAAAAAAAUUGUAUCAAGCAAAAUACGACUAAUGGUUUCUGGUAGUGCACCACUUCCAGUUCCUAUUCUUAAUGAAUUUCGUGAAAUAAGUGGUCAUACAUUAUUAGAACGAUAUGGUAUGACUGAAAUUGGAAUGGCAUUUAGUCAACCUCUUCGACCUAUCUCUAAACGUAUUCCAGGAACUGUAGGAAUACCGCUUCCAACUGUACGAGCAUUUGUACAAACCACAGUCGUGGAAUCAGACUCAACAAAAGAUGAAAAGACAGAAACUACUAUUGAUAAUAAAACAAAAGAAGAGUAUGAUGAAAUUGGUCAUCUCGCUAUUGCUUCUGAAUCAUUAUUUGAUCGGUAUUGGAAUAAUCCGGUGGCAACAAAGAAAGAGGUUGUUGUGAGCCAAGAAGGUCAUCGCUACUUUAAUACAGGAGAUACUGUUGGAGUACGAAAACCUCUUAACAGUGAUGAGGAUGCUGUAUUUACAAUUCUGGGUCGCUCAAGUGUGGAUAUUAUUAAAUCACGUGGAUAUAAAAUAUCUGCGUUAGAAAUAGAAGCUGUUCUGUUAUCACGUAAAGAUCUCUUCUUUGAGAUUGCCGUUGUGGGGUGUACAGACAACACUUUGGGAGAAAUGAUAGUGGCUAUCAUUGCACCACAACCUACUGUACUGCAGAAGUGGAAUAUCCCAUCUGAUUUUGACCGGUUUGAGUCAACAGAAUUAAAUAAUGAACUAAAGGAAGUGGCUUCUGCUCUUCUUGCACAUUAUAAGUGCCCAGAGAGGUUUAUUAUUCUCCCAGAGAUUCCACGGAAUCCUACAGGAAAGGUUAACAAGAAAAGUCUCAAGGAAAAGCUCUCCCUGAACUGA